AUGGGUUUUAUAAUAAUUACACAUGAAACUAGUAUUCCAUAUUUAAUAAAAAAUAUUAUUAUAGUAUGGUGGACUUUAAUUAUAACAUACGUAUUAACUCAAGAUCCUGUCGCAAUUGUACCACAAGGCCGAAUUGUUGGGAUUAAGGUAUACGCAGAAGGUGCGGUGGCACCUGUUGAAAUAUUUUUUGGAGUCCCAUAUGCCACUGCGCCUACAGGGAGGUACCGGUUUUCUGCUCCAGAGCGACAUAAUGGGUGGAGAAGAACAUUUUUUGCACAUCGUAUUCCUCCACAUUGUCCUCAAUUUGGUGAUAAUGAAAAUGAUAACUAUAGCGAAGACUGUCUUUUCUUAAAUAUAUGGACACCACGGCGUGUAGAUGGCAAGUCCCUGCCCGUAGUAGUUAUAUUAUAUAGCGAAUCAUGGAUAAAAGGAGGAAUCGCAUUGCCUUGUCAAGAACUAGCAGCAGAGGGCUUUGUCGUCGUUACGGUUGCUUAUCGGUUACAUUUAUUAAGUUUCUUUACAUUGGGGUCUAAAUCAGCCCGCGGUAACCUCGCUCUUUUGGAUCAGUAUUUGGCUUUACUAUGGAUACACGACAACAUUGCAGCGUUCGGUGGUGACCCAACUGCGGUUACACUUCUUGGACAUUCCGCUGGUGCCGACAGUGUUCUCCAUCAUAUUGCUUCUCCUCGUACACUAGGUUUGUUUAAAAGAGCUAUAAUAAUGUCGCCACGAGAUCCUUGGAAAAUAGUGGACGAAGGAUAUAACUUAGAUGCUAAAGACGCUAUACGAAUAUCUCGAGAAUUAGCACAUCGCUUGGGAUGUGCUAGUACUAUAGAUCAAGAAAUAUUAAAUUGUAUGCGAACUCUUUCCAUAAUGGACAUUAUGACUCUAUAUUCUAAUUCCAGUUGGAGCAAAUAUAUGCAACCAGUAUCUGAUCACUUCUUGCCAGAAUCUGAACAAUAUUUACCGACGUCACUGCCAGCAGCUCUGUCGGGUGUUAAACAGUCCAUCAUGGAACUCGACCUACUUUUGGGAGCUACUGACCUUGAGUUUAUAAACUAUAAUGAUGAAAAUUAUGGACAACUAUUACGAUUAAACACAUCGCAAAUAUCUAACUACAUAGAUGAAUAUGCUAUACCGGAUAUAUUACGGAGAUUUUCAUUACAUCAAACGGAAGCAAUACCGAUGUUGACACACGCAAUUCGUUGGGAAUAUUGGGAAAAGAACAUUAAAAAAGAGAUUGCAAUGGAUUCUCAUAAAGCGAUAGAAAGUUUAGCUCGAAUAGAGACUUCAUCUAAAUGGGACGCAGGAAAUGCAUUGAUCGCCGCAAGACUAGCUCGACGCGUAUCACGCCUCUACGCAUACCGAUAUUCACAACCGUCGGACAUUGAUAUGCAAGGUCGGCAACUGAAUUUCACAGGUGCUAUCUAUGGCGCAGAUUUAAUUACGCUUUUAGGUGAUGCUUUAAUGCUCCAAAUAGGUCGUCGCCGUAGUACAUCAGACGAAAAACGAAUCUCGUCAAUAUUUCGACAAUACAUUGGAAACUUCAUUAAAUAUGGAUCUCCAGGAAUAGAAAACGAAUGGAAACGUUACAAAGUCGGUGAUGCACAGAUUUACGACAUACAUCAAAUUGACAAAUACAACGCUAAUAAAGAUGGGAUCUUCUGGUUGCAAUAUUUGCCACAACUUUAUAAUCUUCGCUCGAUCUCUGAACACACAGAACAGUUAACAUCAGAAAGAGGUGAAACCAGAUUGCGUGGAGGUGUCUUCGCUAUGUGUGGCGUUUCCGUGGUCUUGCUUAUAUUAUUAUGCGUGUGUGUCAUUUUAUUGCGGAAGGAACGUAUACAACAUUCUUCCAUUAAUGAUGAAUGACGAAACCCAUCGUUGA